AUGGAUCGACUGAAGCACAAACAGAAGAAAGAGAAACCAAUCAAGAAUGUAGAUAAAGAAAAAACACAUUCUUUCAUUAAAGACGUCAAAGCGAUUCAGGAAAACUUGAAAAUAAAAGAGAUCUUGAGGACCGUAAGAAUGAACAACAGUGUGCGAGUUCCACGUGGCAGCAAAAUAACGAACAGUAAGCACCUUAAUGACAAGGAAUCCUUCUUUGACGACGAUCUUAAUGCUGCAGAAGAACAACGGAUUGAACCAUUUAGUGCGACUAAUCCUGUGCUGGUCCCAACAAGUAGUGAUAUUACAGAGAGCGAAGAUAUUAUUCUUAAUUAUAACGAUAUAAAUUCAGAAGUAAAUGAUGAUCCCGUUGUACAGAAACUGGAUAUUGUGCAUGAAAAUGAGAUAAGAAAUGAAAUUUCAAAAGUACAAGAAGAGUCGUUACAAGAUUCCCAAGAGACUGAAAGAAUACCUGAAGAAACUCCAGAUGUUAAAGCCCAGAAAGAUCCAGAAAAUAAGAAUAUACCGUUGGUAAAAUUCCGUGACAGAAAAUUGUCUUUAGAUCAAACUAUGCUAUCACGACGCGUUUCCCAAUCUGAAUUGGACCUUCAUUCAAUAGGAAAAUCUCCAUUAGAGAGAAAAUCAUCUUUCUUCAAAAAAAAAAUGGAUAGCUUUCUUAAAAAUACCACAGAAAUAUUUAAAAGGCAGUCGUUAAGUAAUAAAGUAGAACUUGAACGUCGCAGAGGGUCCAUGUCUGUAUCAUUGCAGUCGUUAAACGAGAAAACCGAAGAUUUAUUGAAAAACAAUCAAGAAGGUAGCUUGACAAGUUUGCAGUCUUCCUCGACCGUGGGCCGGAGUAACUCAAGCUUAGCCGCGAGUCAGAGUCCGGCCCAGGAAUACCGCGCCGGCAGCCAACCAGUUCUCUCUGCCAGCCAGCCUCUUGGUGAACCUUCGUCUAGGUAUAAUGGUCUAAACGAGGCCUACAUCGAAGAUUCAUUAUUGAACUCGCGUGCUAUCUCGAUGAGCUCAGGCUUGGAUUCUGCCACAGGCAAACGGAGAACAAAGUCUAACAGAUCUUCCAGAAUGACUUGGGCGUUCAGUGAAAAUUAUUCAAACGCCUUUAAUCGAGCGAUACAAGAGGAGCGAUCUAGAGAAAUACAGGUGUAUACUCAACCUAAUCAAGACAAUACAAGUAUACCGGGUGGCCCGCCUGCGGGCCGUCGGCUUUCCUACCAGCGGGCUGUUUCAGGCGAAGAUCCCAUGCCGUUCCGCUAUCAUGACUCCACUCUUAAGAAAAAGCAUCUUAUUCCAGAAAAGUCUGAGGCCAGUUACGAAUUAUCGAACCAGCUGGCUGAGUAUACGCAGAACGGUCUUCCGAGCUUAAAGGGAUUCGUCGCGGCGAACAUUGUGGAUGAAGCUUUCGCCUAUCUGCUUUGGGCUGAAAACAGGGCGAAUAUGGAAGAGUAUUUUGAUUUUAGGACUUUGCCACCGAACGAAGAAGCGAGGCAAACGGUGAUAAAGGAGUUAAUAUCUACCGAAGUUGAUUACAUAAAUUCAAUCCUGUCUAUUGUUGAGGUUUUCAUGGCUGCGGCUCACGCACUUCAAGAUAAAGGGAAGCUUCUGGACGUUGAUACGGCGCGACUCUUUUUAAAUAUUCCUGACGUGGUUAACGCAAGUUUAUAUUUUUGGGAGAAAUCUAUGUACCCAAUGAUAGCCAAUGCUGUAGAGACAACCGUACCAUUCAACACAGAGUUGAUGUCUCCCGGCUUUUGUCGUUUCCGUGAAUUUUUCACCCCUUACGAAAAAUAUGUGAGUGAACAAACGAAAGCUAUCGAUUACCUUCGAUCGCUAUCCAACAACGUAGAUUUCAUGACGUACCUACAAUGGUGCCAUACCCACAAAAAAUGCAACAGGCUGCAAUUGUCAGAUUUGAUGGCGAAGCCAAUGCAACGCCUGACCAAAUACAGCCUCAUUCUGCGACGUAUUAUACAACACACUGACACAGAGCCUGAGAGAACAUCUCUUAUCGCAAUGGAGUCUUUUGCUACGAACUACGUGCUGGAUGUGAACCGCGCUAUUCGGCAGCGCGAAGAAUUGGAAAAAUUGGAUGCCCUUGCCAAAUCGAUAGAUUCCUAUGAGAUCGAUUUCAAAGACGAAGAUAUGGAUACGCACUUUAAGAAAACCUCUCACACCAAUCUGAAAGCACCAAUGCUGGGUUGCCUUCCAACUCACAGCCGGAGCAUUGUCCACCAGGGUGACGUGCGAUUUAAAGACCACAUGAAGGAGCUUGAAGUUCGCGCCUUUUUACUGACGGACAUGUUACUUAUAUGUAAAAAGCUCUCUAAGGGCAGCACUUACACGUUCAAAAUAAUAAGGCCAAAAUACAUGAUUGAUAAAAUGAUAGUUUACCCAAGGUACGCUAAGGGAGGCAACAAAGAUGUUAUAAAAGAUCUAAUCUGUGUGGUACUAGACGAUGUGGGUUCGUCGAACUACGGUUUCACGCUUUCUGAAACAACAAAGGACUCAAAUAGUCAAGGAACACUAAAGUUGUGGGAACAAAAAAUCAGAGAAGCAAAAUUAUCGUACGAGUUCGGACUUUGGUUUGCGAAGAAUCCGUCCCGGGAUCUCUCCGUGGAAAUGGAUUCCUCAUCUGAUUACGCUGUCAGCAGCAACAGUGCCAAACAUGGCGUGAAACACAGCUCGGAUGACAUGAACAUUGAACGUGAAGCCCGGGAAAGGGUUGCGGCUAUGCUGCACCGGAAUAUGGGCGCUUCCACAGAGUACGACUUUUCGCAAGCCUCCUUCAAUACAGACUCCUUCGACGGUAAGUAA